AUGUUGACUUCACGAGAAGGAUUCACGGUCGACGUGAUCGCAGGAUGGCUUCGAAAAUCCGUCCUCAAUCCAUACCUAUCGAUACCACUCGCGACCGGACUGGCGGUGGUAUCUGCAAGGAAAAGCGGCGCGGUCGGACUCUCAGAGAUCAGAUUUGACACCGCCCAGCGCGUUGCGUUCCUCGCAGCUCUGGCAAGCUUUGUCUUGUCAACCACGGAGUAUCUCAACAAGUGGUCGGCGAACAACUGGACGACAGACCAUACGUGGAAUUUCGACAAGGAAAUCAUCGUUGUCACCGGUGGCAGUAGCGGUAUCGGCCACAGCAUUAUCAAACACAUCUUGGCGAGAAAUCCGCGGGCCAACAUUGUCGUCGUCGACCUGGCGCCAUUGUCCUGGGAGCCACCAAAGGGCUCCAAGAUCCACUACUUCAAGUGCGAUCUGACCGAUACAAAGGCGCUCAAGACUCUUUGCACGUUGAUCCGAACCCAGGUCGGCGAUCCCACCGUCCUCAUCAACAAUGCGGGAAUCGCACGGGGCUACAGUGUCACGGAAGGCUCGUACGCAGACAUCGAGUUAACCAUCAAGACCAACCUUGUCGCUCCCUUCCUGCUUACAAAGGAAUUUCUGCCGUACAUGGUCCGCACCAAUCAUGGGCAUAUUGUCAACGUCGGGUCCAUGAGCUCUGUGGUCCCUCCGGUGAGGAUUGCUGAUUAUUCGGCCACCAAGGCAGGACUUACCGCGAUGCAUGAGUCACUUCAACUUGAGCUCAAGUACAUUCACAAAGCGCCCAAAGUUCGUCAAACGCUUGGAAUCUUUGGCUUCAUCCGAACGCCGCUGGUUCCCUUUGACCCCGGCCAGCCUCACUUCAUGAUGCCGCUGCUUCACGUGGAUUCAGUGGGAGAGGCAAUUGUAAACUCGUUGUACAGUGGCUUUGGACGAACGAUCUAUCUGCCCGGUAUUAUGUCGUCAGUUACAGCUCUGCGAGCCGGCCCUGAGUGGCUGUGGCGUCUGGCAAGGGAAACAACCGCGAGUGCAAAGGACAUUCCAUAUACGCCACGGCAAAAGAUUGAUGACACCACUGGCCAGUUUGAGAUGGUGGAGCCCGCGGAGAUCUGA